GCCUCUACAAGGUACAUCACUCUUUACCGAUUAUAUUCAUAUAUCUUGUUGUGCUGGAAUGUGUGCAUAAGUAUUGAUGUGAUUGGAUAAAUAUAGCCAUGACUUCUAUCUGUGGAUGCCUAAAAAAUUCAUAGUAUGAUGUAUGAGUGUUUUUUGUAUUGAUACACUUCAAGUAGAAAAAGCCUGGGGCUCCACGAGUAUUUGCAGAGAAUUCACAUGCAAUUGCAAGAGGAUGGCUUUUAGUAAACAUCACGCGUUUAUUGUUGUUGUUGAUGCCAUGUAUUGCUUGCUGUUGGGUAAAUAGUUUCAUCUAUUGAUAAUAUCUCAUGUCUACAAUAUAAUUUCUCAAUGCUUUUUAUUGGACUUGCUACACAAAUUUUCUAUUCUGACUGGCAUAUAUUAAUUUGUAUUGUGAUAUCUGAAUUUGGCAGGCAAUUCAAACAUUUUAACCAGUGUGAACUAUUUACCGGUGACUAGGGAGGACAAUCUUUUGCAUUUGAUUUAUGAAUAACAUGAAUACUUGUACUUUUUAGUUUUUACAAGUAAUAAAUGCUGAUUCGACUAUUUAUGGUAAUAUAUAAUUUAUUUUUUUGGUAACUUGUAGCUGUGGGGUUGGUUAUUAAGUCUUUUUUCAUAAAGGCCCUUGCCGAAUUGAUGUUUUGAGGAACUGAGGUAUGAGUUACUACUUACUGGCUCCACUUUUUACUCCCUUUGGUCUAUUUUAUAAGGCGUUCACCUUUUUUGUCAUGAGCCUUGACUCAAUAGUGGAAGAUAGUUUUUUUUUUUGUUUUUUCUUUUCCGAAUAAAAAUAUAUCUCUUAAAUUUUUUUAUUCAGGAAAAAAAAAAAGGUUAAACAAUAUCAAUGUAAACUAUCAAAGUCAAGGCUCCAGAAAGAGUACUUCAUAGUAAAGUGUUGUUUAAGUGUUGGGGGUUGGGAAUGGAAUGAUGAAGGCAGGGAUGGGGUGCCUUUCCUGAUACUUAUAGAAUUUAAAUGUAUAUCUCAACUAACAUGUUUUAACAACUAACAGAUGCCUAUUUUGAUUAUAAGAAUUAUGCUCUGGUUUAUUAAUAAAUGGCUUCUGAAACUGAUUUAAAUGUUUAGUCUUUAUUUUCUUUAUAGCAAACUGUUACUUUUGUGUUUGCAGAAUCUCAGUGUACAUCUAGAUCUACAUGUUUUAGCAAAUCUAGACAUCACUAAACGUGUUCAUAUAUGAGUAUUAUAUUCGUGCUAGGAGUGUAUGCUGUUCGCAGGACGAGUAGAAUUGAAACGUAGACCUGGAAACAUGUAUUACCAACAGUUAGAUGCCACUUCUGAUCAUAGUCAUUGUGUUGUUUAUUUCAAAAUUGUUUUUCCCUAUGCUGACAUUGUGAUAAUGUGGAAAAAUAGCAGCUAUGGGAGUUACAGAGGAUGGAUCCAUCUUAGGAGUUUCACCUAGUACUAAGCUAUUUGCAGUUCACCACCCUGGUUACCCUUCAGGCACGUAGUUUACAACUAAACAACUUAGAGUUUCGUUAUCGUCCUGAAGAUCCAUAUUCACAUCCUGCCUUUGGAGAACUUUACCACUGUAAUAGUUUUCUGCUCAAAUAUCAAAAAAGGAGCAGGAGAAACUUUAAGUGCCGUUGACGUGGAAAAUACGUCCAAGUUCUUAUUAGCAGAUUCCAAUAGUGAAGACCCCAAAACUAGCUCACCAGAAUCCUCAGAAACAGAACAUCUUGUUCAACUUAGAAGUGAGCCAGUUUGUACCUCUGCAACCGUUAAAUAACUGGCAUCUGAAGAAGUUAAAGGAAAUAUCUAUGCUGAUAUUGUUGCUCAAGUCUUGGAAUCUUUAUAAUUCUGAUGGGAUGGCAGCUUACCAACAUGUUCUUGCUGUUCAUGCUGAUCUUCCACGGAGGAAGAAGAGAAAUUGGGCAGAUGUGGAUCCACAGUUUGCUGUGUAUUAUUUAUUAUUACAGUUUACACUAUCAAGGGAAGUAACUUUGAACCAGAAGCAAGGGAGAGUCGGACAACACUGCUGGGAGAUUAAGCUUACCUUUCUUUGGCUUUUCUUUCUUGGGAUCUUCGAUCUGGAGUGCUUUCCUAUCAAGCUUGAUAUCAGUUUAUUAAAGAUUAUCCUUAGUCAAGAGUUUUUAUGUAAUUUACUGAUGUGACCAACAAUGAGGUGUGGAUAAAAUCUUUGACUAGAUUAUAGUCAUGUCUUAUCAAUCAUACAUGUUCCGAGAAAGGCGAAUCGGGAGAAAUACUUGGCAAAAAUUUCUGAGCAGUGGCAGUGGCAAUGGCAGAUGGCUGUAUGUACCAAGUUUGAAGAAUGUCCUAUAUGGGAAAAUGAAUCACUGGCUGACCAAUGACAUGAAAAAGAACUGAUUAUUGGAGUGCUUAGAAAGUUUGAAAGUUUGAACUGAUUAUUCUCGUAAGCUAUGAAUAAGUAUGAACUUUGAUUAGUGACUACUGAUUUAAUGAUUUUUAUACCGAUAUCCCCUCUGGUCCUUGUUUCAGGCUUCUUUAACGAGCAGCUUAUUAUUUUU